UUGAAGUUCAGUCAAACAAGCAAUUUGAGUUAAGUUUUGUUGAAAAUGCUUGGAUUGAGGAGAAACAAAUUAAGUGUCAUUUGCGUGUGGUUCUACGUAUGUGUAGUAUAUUUAAGCGAGUGUAAUGGACAAAAGGAAGGCGAUCCAGUUACAUUUGCGUGCAUUACAUCAGCAUCUCAAAAUGAAUUUUUUAUUGCUAAAGCAACGAAAAGUAUUCCAUCAACUUUGAUCGAUGUGUUAAAUAAUGGAAAAGGUCUAUCGUUGUUUUUCCAUGGUGUUUCGGAUUCUGAUGCUGUAUUACAUGGAUUCCUAUUUAAUUUUGCCACAAAAUGGUUCAAAGCAUCUGACAACAAUAUUUGUAUCGUAUCGUGUCCCUACGUAAUAAGUCCAAAAUCUUUUCUUGCAAAGAAGAUCGAUGGGAUGUGGGUUAAGUGGCUUGAAUACGUGGCAAAGAUGGCUAGCGACUUAAUUAAUAAAAUUGGAGACCCAUCGAAGGUUGAUGUGAGUGGUUUUGGUUAUGGUGCUCAUUUCGCUGGUCGAACCUGUCAAUUCCUAAGCAAAAACGGCAAAAAGAUCCGCCAUUUACUGGCUUUGGAUCCAAUAAAAACUCCUCCCUUUGGAACAAAAAUAAAGGAUACCAUUAGGAGAAAUGAUGCCGAUUAUGUUCAAGUAAUACACACCUCAAGAGAGAUGGGAAUUUGGGAACAAAUUGGAGAUAUUGAUGUAUACGUUAAAUAUGAGGCUGAUACAGUGUAUGGUCCUUUGAAUAUAUUCAUGCAAUAGCAUUUUUCAUCCAUAUUGCAACAUCCACUAAGCGACUUUUUAUAACGGCCGAACUAAAUGAAAAUGGAAAUGGCACUGUAGCGAGAAAUUUAGAUCCAACAUCUGCUCAACCUGAUGUAAGGCCAGGCCAGGAAUGCGCCGUCGGAGUAUAUGGUACCCUGAAUUCGAAUAAUGGUGGACACAAAUUUGGUGUUUGGUUGAAGAACCGUAAUCUUUUCUGGGGUGGCGUUGGUAAUUUUGCUAAUGUCGAAAUUAUUUCGAGUUCAAAAGAAGAAAAACAAAAACAGAUUGAGAUCAAUACAGAAAGUACGAAAUGCUCUAUAUGCAAGAAAAAUAAGAAAAAUGCCAUACUCUAUCCGUGUAAACAUAAGCACACUUGUGUUUCUUGUUGGAAGAAAUGGAACGAUGAAAAUGCAUAUCAUUGCCCGAGAUGUCCCUAUUGCAGAGAAGGAGUCGAAACAAUGAGACGGGAAAUAAUGCAAAUUUUUAAUUUGGGUUGUCUCGGUUAACGAUCACAUCGAAAUGAAAAUGGAAAAUCUCAUCGAAAAUGUCUUAUUUCCAUUUAUUAAUAUUCAAUAUAUGACAUUUGAAAUUUUAAAAUUAAAUAA